AUGGAGUCUUCCACCAUUUCCCUGUUCCUAACACUUUCCCUCGUCGCCGCCACCGCUGCCGGACAGAGCUCGUCAGAGGAAUACCUGGACUUCCUGGAAGCCCACAACCGCGCUCGAGCUGAGGUGGGCGUCCAGCCCCUGGAAUGGAGCAACAUCGUCGAGAACUUCGCCGUCACCUACGCCCAGAGGCCCGACAACAACUGCAGUCUGGUGGAGUCCAGGGAGGCGUACGGGGAGAACCAGGCUAGCAGGAUGGGGCAGCUUUCGGCGGAGGACGCGGUGAACAUUUGGGUGAGCGAGAAGCCCAACUAUGACUACACCUCCAACUCCUGCGUUGGAGGGCCGUGCCAGAACUACACGCAGGUUGUGUGGGCCAACUCAACUGAAUUAGGCUGCGCCAGGCAGCAGUGCACUAACGGCCUCGUCUUCGCCAUCUGCUACUAUAAUCCGCCCGGAAAUUUCAUCGGCGAACGCCCCUACUAGCUACUCUUCACCUAUGCUCCACUGUUGGAUAUGUAACACUAUCUAUUUUCAUUGUUGGUUGGUUGGUUGCCUAUGAUAAACCCAAUGUCAUGCAUGUCAUGUGUGUAUUGUUUGUUUAUGUAAUUUCAAAAGCUAUUUUACG